AACUUUCUUCACUUGUUCUUUACUUCUUCCACCAUGGUUGUUCAAUCACAGCCUGCAACAUUAACCCAUUGUUCUUUAAUCGAAACAUGCAACAAACCCACCACUGUUUUCACAUCAAUCCCAGUGAUAAACCUCGAAGACCCCGAAUCGAAGUUUUUGAUGGUGAAAGCAUGUGAAGAGUAUGGGUUCUUCAAGGUGGUGAACCACUGUGUUCCAAUGGAGUUUAUUACAAGGUUGGAAAGUGAAGCAGUUGAGUUCUUCAAUCUACCUCAGUCUGAAAAGGACAAAGCUGGUCCACCUGACCCUUUUGGUUAUGGAAGCAAGAGGAUUGGAUCCAAUGGUGAUGUUGGUUGGAUUGAGUAUCUCCUUCUCAAUACCAACCCUCAAGUUGUUUCUCUCAAAACCCUUGCCAUUUUCCGACAAAGGCCAGAAGUUUUCCGAAGCUCAGCCGUAAACGACUAUAUCCAGGCAGUGAAAACACUGGCAUUUGAAGUACUGGAACUGAUAGCCGAUGGUCUGAAAAUCGAGCCAAGGGAUGCAUUGAGCAAACUAUUAAGAGACGAGAACAGUGACUCGUGUUUCAGGCUAAACCAUUAUCCACCUUGUCCGGAGCCGGAGGCACUGAGUGGUAGGAAUUUGGUGGGGUUUGGGGAACACACUGACCCGCAGAUAAUAUCUGUCUUGAGAUCCAACAACACAUCUGGUUUGCAAAUUUGUCUGAAAGAUGGCACUUGGGUUUCAGUCCCACCUGAUGAAUCUUCCUUCUUUAUCAAUGUUGGAGAUGCCUUGCAGGUAAUGACAAAUGGGAGGCUCAAAAGUGUGAGGCAUAGGGUAUCGGCAAACACACACAAAUCAAGGGUUUCAAUGAUCUAUUUUGGAGGUCCACCUUUAAGUGAAAAGAUAGUCCCAUUAAUUUCACUAAUGGGAAAACAAGAAGAAAGCUUAUACAAAGAGUUCACAUGGUGGGAAUACAAGACUUCGGCUUACAAGUCAACGUUAGCUGACUAUAGGCUUGGGUUGUUCCAGAAAACUCCAAGUACAAGCAAAUGAUGGUUCAUCCAAACCCUAUUUUACCUUAAAAUUUAGGGUUUUUUCUUUGUGGUCCAAGAGUUGACUCUACCUCCUAUAGCCUA